GGAUUAUUUUUCACAUAUACUAAUUUACCAAUUAGAAUUUUAAAACGUGCUUUGGCAGUAUUUUUGAGCCAGGAAAAUGAGGAAAAAACAUCCACUUUAGAAACUACUUCAACUUCAUUUGAAAUUUGUAAUAUUGUUUGUGGUGUAUACGCAUCUGUGUGAAGAUAAUAAAAAUGGGGGAAGGGAGCAAGGUAUGUGUGACAGGAGGCACUGGUUACAUUGGUUCAUGGCUCAUCAAGAAGCUACUGGACAAGGGUUAUACUGUUCAUGCAACUCUCAGAGAUUUGAAGAACGAGUCAAAGGUAGGGCUGUUAAAGAGCCUUCCUCAUGCAGAAGGCAAACUGGUUCUGUUUGAAGCUGAUAUUUACGACCCAAUUCAAUUUGAUCCUGCAAUUCAAGGAUGUGAGUGUGUGUUUCAUGUUGCUACUCCCUUCACCCACGAACCAGGUUCAUCUCAGCAGUACAAGGAUACUACGGAAGCAGCAGUUGCAGGUGCGAAAAGCAUUGCCCUGUCAUGUGUGAGAUCAGGGACGGUGAAGCGUCUGAUCUACACUGCUUCUGUUGUAUCAGCCUCUCCGCUGAAAGAAGAUGGGAGUGAUUUCAAAGAUGUAAUGGAUGAAACUUGCUGGACUCCUCUCAAUGAUUCCUUGGACUACGUAUUCCCUGAUCCUUUUUACAAGGACUAUGCUUAUUCAAAAACGCUGUCUGAGAAACAUCUGUUGAGCUAUGGGAAUGAUGAAAAUGGUGGAAGAAAAUUGGAGGUAGUAACUCUCCCUUUCGGACUAGUGGGAGGUGACACCCUCAUAUCUUCCACACUCGGUAGCAGGGUAGUUUGUAUUGCACAGAUCGUGCAAAAUGAAAUAGCCUACACAGCACUCAAGUUCCUAGAAGGAUUACUGGGUAAAAUUCCUCUUGCACACAUUGAUGAUGUCUGUGAAGCUCAUAUUUUCUGCAUGGAAAGCACCUCCAUCAGUGGAAGAUUCUUGUGUGCAAGUUCUUACAUUUCUUUGCAAGAGAUGGCUAACCAUUACGCUCGUUAUUAUCCAGAAUUCAAUGUGAAACAAGAGUCAGUGGUUGGCUGUUCUUUAUUAUUGCUAGAAGUUUACUAUUUCUCGGUCUUUUUGUGUUUGUUUAUGAAGGAACUAACUCAAAGGCCUAAAUUGUAGAAUCUUUUACGAACAGAGAUGCUAAAAAAGGACAUUUUCCAUGGAAUAACUUUAAGGAUGAUUAAGAUCAAAUAUGUACUUGAUUGUAUAGUCUUGGAAAACAGAAGUUUUCUUCCUUUUAGUUGUUUACAGUUUUCAUCUGAGAAUUACAUUUCAGAGAUGAAGAUGGGCAGAGGAAGGAUAUCAAGUGGACCUCAACAAAGCUGUGUGACAAAGGAUUUGUAUUCAAAUAUGAUGCGAAGAUGAUAUUGGAUGAUUGUAUCAAAUGUGCAAGAAGGAUGCGUGAACUCUAGUCUCCAUCUUGUGCUGUAUAUUCUUGUAAUACAGCAAAUACCAGACAUCUGCGUCUCUUAUUACUGUUUCAUUUUUCUUUUUUAUUAAAAAUUAAUCUGAGUUUCAGAUCAACUAAAAAAGCGUAUUAUUGGAUUAUGAGAGUUACGAAGUUGAAA